AUGGAUUUUCAGAAUAGACCAGGAUCGAAAGUAGGUAGCGGAGGUGUAGCCGGCUACUCCGAAACUAAUGUAGAUAGACGAGAACGUCUUCGCAAACUUGCUUUGGAAACAAUUGAUUUGAACAAAGAUCCAUAUUUUAUGAAAAAUCAUCUUGGAUCAUACGAAUGUAAACUGUGUUUAACAUUGCACACCAAUGAAGGGAGUUAUUUAGCACAUACUCAAGGGAAAAAACACCAAACAAAUCUAGCACGUAGAGCAGCAAGAGAUGCAAAAGAAAAUAAUAAUAUUCAACCAGCAUUACAAGCACAAACUAAAAUUCAAGUUAAAAAGAAUUUAGUUAAAAUUGGUAGACCAGGAUAUAAAGUAACAAAGGUUCGCGAUCCAAUCACAAGACAACUUGGAUUAUUCUUUCAAAUUCAAUAUCCUGAAAUCGGUUUAGAUGUUAUACCAAGACAUCGUUUUAUGUCAGCUUAUGAACAAAGGAUUGAACCUCCAAAUAAAGCACACCAAUAUUUAUUAUUUGCUGCUGAACCUUAUGAAACGAUUUCUUUUAAAGUACAAAGUAAAGAAGUUGAUAAAGGAGAAGGAAAAUUCUUUACUCAUUGGGAUCCGGAUUCAAAACAGUUUUCUUUGCAAUUCUUUUUCAAAAACGAUAGGCCUGGGAUGUAUUCCGAGGGAAUUCCUCCAGGAAUGGAAAGAACUCCUAUUGCUAAUCCUUUAAAUCCUUAUUAUGCUCCAGCAAUGCGUGGUCCAACUUUCGUACAUAAUUAA